AACGGAAUAUUGCUGCCCUGAAGCAGGUAGAUAUUUCAAAGGUGAAAAUGAUACAAAAAUUCUAAAAGAGAGUGGAAUCAAAUCACCAAAAAUGCUAAAAGACAUGUUUGUUUGUCUUGGUAAUUCAAUAGAUCAUUUUUCCAGAAUUACUAAUAAUGUUAUUGAGAUAAUGGUUGAUAAAAAUUACAAAAGAAUUGUUGAAAUAUUAAGACAGAUGAAAAAUAGUGAUAUUUCAGAAAUUUUAGUGUCUCAACAUGAAAAACAAGGAUGGAUAAUCAAUGUUGAUAAAUCGUCAUUUAUUUUGUUAAAAUGA